AUGUCAGUGGGGAGCAUGGAGAGAUCUUUCCAAGCUGCACAACUUUACAUGGAUAUUGAUUUGUUUGACCUGGACAGGACUCUCGACAAAGACCAGAAAUACAAAUUCAUCAAACACAUUGAACCGGGUGGCGAUAUCACACCUCCAGGAUCGUCAAAGAAAUACUGGCUACCAGGCAACUUUGAGAUACACGACAGAGGCAGCAAAAUACACAAUAAUGACGGGGCCAACGUGAUGGACCGUGAUUACUUGGGACAUAUCACACUGCAUAUAGCGGCCGAGUCUGGUACUGAAGUAGUUGUAAGUAUUUUCCUCGAAGAAGGGGCGGAGGUUUCCGCUUUUGUGGUUGAAGAGGAUAACACACCACGAAACUAUGCAGAAUCGAAUGGCCAUGAAGCAAUUAUAAGACUUCUAGACGAGGCAGCCAUACAGCGUGUGAAAAUGUCGCUUAAAAUGCUAUAUAUAGAUGUGGUACUGUGCGGAUGCUCAAUUAUCUUUAUCCGACUAGAUCCCGUAGAAGUUCGUACAGCUUCGUUAGGUGCCUAUCUACGACAGACUCUGCACACCAAUGAGGUGCUAAUUAUUAAAGAACACCGCACAAAAGCAAAAGUGAAGCGAUACGGUAAAUGA